AUGAACUACUUUGAUCGACUAUUGAAGAUACCAGUUUUGAUGGAUAAAUCAGACAUAACUUAUGUUCUCUAUGAUUUUCGUGAGGAGGAAAAUAUCGAGCUCAUUGGGAGGUACAAAACAUUCCGGUUUACAAUCCACAAUCCUUGGGAUGUCCCAAGUCCAUUCAUGAGAUGGCAUCGUCUUCAGCCAUCAAAAGACUAUAGCAUACUCAUCGAACCUGAAGUAAUCAUAAAAUAUCCUGUCGAUGAUAACGAGUUUCUGUACAAAGUUCCAUAUGCCAAGCAAUGCUACAACACAACGGAGAAAACAUUGGACUUCUUUCAAUAUUAUACACAGCAAAACUGUUUAAUGGAGUGCUCCACCAAGAGAGCAUUGAAAGAAUGUGGAUGUGUUCUGUUUUACAUGCCACACAACGAAUCAACAUACAUAUGCUCUGAUGAAUACAACUCCUGUGCGGUGGAUGUUGCCAAAGCCACUCAUUACGACACAGUGGAGAGGGAAUUUCUGGAUGAUUGUGACUGUUUACCAUCUUGUAACUACACUGACUACAAGAUGAUAUCUCAUGAAUCAGUGACAACUAAUAGAGAUUGGAUGUUCGAAGUUGACAUUAUUUUCAAGGAUAAUUUUUUCCAUCCAAAAGUCCGCACCUACACAUACAAUAACUAUGACAUGAUGGAUGCCACCGUUGUCUACUUGGAUGUAUUCCUAGGCGUGAGUAUAAUGACUGUAGCCGAAAUAUUCUACUACAUUUUGUUGUAUGUUAUUGAUUAUUUGAAAAGCAAGAUACAGAGAAUGCUUGAUUGGCUGUAUAUGUGA